ACCAACCACCCGCCGCCAACCGCAGGGGAUACGGCGCCGGUGGAUCAUAGCUAAGAAAGCAGGACAAAGCUCCCCUCAAUGAUAUUUACGAAGAAAACGCGUCUCACCCCUUCCCAUGCACCCACCUAUUCCCUCUUUCCUCCCCUUCUCUCCUCCCUUCUUCUCCCCCCGGCCCCCUUCACUCCUUCAAUUGCAACCAACAGCCAACACCGUCGUCCAAUCGAAUCAAACUAACCAUGGAAGACAUAGCAGAGACUCUCCGAGCCCUUGGCCCUUACGAACGCUACUCCACAACCCGCCACACCCUAAACCUUUACAACAACGUCGGGCUAACAGCACACUACACCCUCCCUCCACCACUUUUAGCGAAGCCACGGAUCUUCUCCGCUCUAAAGGCCCUGAUAAACCUCCACCCGCCACUAGCCGUGACGAUCCUAGGGGAGAACACACGUGAGCCGCGGUUCGCGCGAUUGAAGAGUAUUGACCUGGAAGAGAUCGUGCAGACGAUACUACUACCGGGCGAGGACACAACCGCCGAGCUCGACACCGUGCUUUCGGAGCAGCAUUCACGAGGUUUCGAAUUGGGCAGAGUGCCCGGGUGGAGGUGUUUGAUUUUUCGAGAUUACGAGGAUGAGGUUGGUGGUGUAGCUGCAGAAGUAGGAGGGAAUGGGGGAGUCUGGAUAUCGUUCAUAUACCACCACGCCAUAGCCGACGGCGUCAGCGGAUUAGCUCUACACAAAUCACUCCUCACCGCGCUCUCUCGACCCCACAAAAAUCCCACCUUUGCUGGUCGCUAUGUCGUCCACCCGCAACAAAAGCCCUACCCUUCCUCCCUUGAAUCGCUAAUCCCCCUCCCGCUCUCCCUGCCACACAUCGUCUCUGAGGUCUGGUCCAAGGUGUACUUCCCACCACCUCCUCCCCCAACACUUUACACAGGCGGUCCUACACCUGCGUGCCCAACCCCCGAAACCACAAGAACAGUCUACAAAUCCCUCCACUUCUCCGCGAGAACCCUCAAAACACUCCUCUCUGUCUCCCGCAGGGAGAACACCACAAUCACUUCUCUCCUUGCCGCAAUCAUCGCCACAGCAAUCUUCCAAGCGAUACCAGGAAAGUUCGACAAGCUCACCUCAUCGACGCCGAUCAACCUCCGACGCUAUGUCCCCACAGAGCGGAUCCAGGAAGUAGCCAUAGGCGCAUACGCCGCCAGUCUCCGGUCAGAAUACUCGCGCUCCCCUCCCACACCUUCCAACCUAUUCUCCAUCGCGCGGGAACACACAGCGCAGAUCAACAACCGCCUAGACGCCGGCACGGCAGACCUGGAUGUAGGCAUGCUGCGCUGGGUCAGUGACCUCUUCGCCUUCUUCAAGGGCAAGCUCGGCAAGCAGCGGGAGGACAGCUUCGCCGUGAGCAAUGUCGGCGCCUGGGACGGCGAAGCGGGCCUCGACAGAGUAGUGUUCUCGCAGAGCGGGGGGGUCAUCGGCGCUGCCAUGGAGUGGUGCGUUGUUGGUGUUAGAGGCGGUGGGUUGGUCCUCGGCUGUACUGGGUGCGAAGGCGCUGUGGACACCCGCGUGCUCAAGAGGGUUUUGGAAGGCGUCAGGAGGGGUGUUGAGGGUGUUGAGUGAGUCUUUGUGAUGGGUGGAUUCCUUCUUUUGUUUUUCAACUUUUGGAAGGGAAAAUAAAGAAUAAGGCGUUUUUCGGGGAGAAAUUUUGUAAUUAUAGAUAUAUAUCUCCACUCUGUUGGCUUGGUUUGGCUCGGUUUGUGUAUUACCUUUAUCAUAGUACUGAAGGUACUUGUACAGUAAGGUAUUAUUAUUACCAGGCUAAAUAGGUUAGCGUAGCUAGUACAUAAUGUUAGUUUCUAAUAAAAUCUCAACUCUUAAAUGGAUA